UCUGCCCGCCCUCAGCCCUGUCCUCCUCGGAACCCGUUACCCACCCCGCCUGCGGUGUCCUUUGCUUGGCCGCGGUGCCGGCUUGUCGCCUGACCCCGGGCAGAGCUCGCUCUUCCCUCGGUGCUCGAUCUUGUCCUCUGAAGCAGACGCUCCCGCUGUGCCCUGCUCCGUGCGGGGCCUUGAGUCAGGCACGGCAGCUUCAGCGUAAAUAGCGGGUAUGCUGCUGGGGCUCCGCUUGCUCGGAAGCGGCUCACGGCGGCCACCUUCUCUGGUGGGAGAGUCUGAAUUCAGGGGUGCUGUAAGAUGCUGUGAAAGCUGUUAUCUGGGAAACAGACGUGCUCGCUUUAUUUUAAAGCGUGGUAAUGCUUUAUAUAUAAAAAUAAAGAUAUGACAAGAAUAGUAAUUUAAGUGAUUUUCUAGCAUGGACACUGUUGCUAGCCAUAGUUGUCAUCUUCUCCAGCAGCUACAUGAACAGCGCAUUCAGGGUCUUCUCUGUGACUGCAUGCUGGUGGUGAAAGGUGUCUGCUUCAAAGCACACAAAAAUGUAUUAGCUGCUUUCAGUCAAUAUUUCAGGACCCUUUUCCAGAAUUCUUCAGGCCAGAAGAAUGAUGUCUUUCACUUGAACAUUAAAAAUGUAGGUGGCAUAGGCCAGAUUUUAGACUUCAUGUACACCUCUCACCUGGACCUUAGCCAGGACAACGUACAAGCUAUGUUGGAUAUUGCACAGUGUCUCCAAGUGCAGAAUGUACUGAACAUUUGCCACGCCUUUUUAAAAUCAUCUACAGCUUUAGAGCAGACAGCUAGCAUGCCUUGUAAUAGUGUAUUUUCACUGCAGAAUACUUUGACUGCAGAUACUAGCUGUGCCAGUGACAGUUAUGGAACAAACUUAUUACAUGAAUGCUCAUCUGACACACAAGCUAAUAAAGUCUUGACUGACCACCGUUCACAAACACCACAGUCUGUUAAUCUUCAAGCACCCUCAGGUGAUGGACAGAAACAACCACAAGACUCCUUAGAUGGCAACUGCACAGAGCUUCCAUUUAAACAACCAAAUUACUAUUAUAAACUACGCGACUUUUACAGUAAACAGUUCUAUAAGCAAAAUGCUUCCUCUAAUCAUGAGAGAGGAGCAGAACAACCCUUUUCUUACAACCCAUCUACAGAAAUAAACACAGUAGAGAAUAGUUCUUGUACUGUCAACCACUCUGAGUGUAUUCUGGAGACCUCAGAUCAUUUACCAUCAAACUUUCUGGCUCAGUCCUUGAAUGAAGCUGUUCCAGAGCAAGCUGCAGAAAGCACACUUGUGCAGCCCACCAAACAGAUGCAGUUGAAAAAGGCAAUACACCUCAAAAAGUUAAAUUUUCUAAGGUCUCAGAAAUCUGCAGAGCAGCCGCCUGAGCCUAAAAGAGAUGACAGCAGAGUAACAGGAGUAAUUGAAUCUGUAAAUGAAAGUACCAUGGACAUGACGAGUAUAAGAGUUACUGGUGAAAAAGAAGCUGAAGAUUUAGUAAGUUCUGAGAAUUUUGACCAAACUGUUGAAGCUGAAAGAUCUCAAGGUCAUUUGGAACAAGAAGGACAAUCACAGACUCUUCAGUCACAAAGGCAAUAUACUUGUGAAUUAUGUGGGAAGUCUUUCAAACACCCAAGCAAUUUGGAGCUCCAUAAAAGGUCUCAUACAGGUGAGAAACCUUUUGAAUGUAACAUUUGUGGGAAACACUUCUCACAGGCAGGUAAUCUCCAGACACAUUUGCGUCGACAUUCUGGUGAAAAGCCAUACAUUUGUGAAAUCUGUGGGAAAAGAUUUGCUGCUUCUGGUGAUGUCCAGCGUCAUAUUAUUAUUCAUUCUGGAGAAAAGCCUCAUCUGUGUGAUAUCUGUGGCAGAGGAUUCAGUAACUUCAGUAAUUUAAAGGAGCACAAAAAGACUCAUACAGCAGAUAAAGUGUUCACCUGUGAUGAAUGUGGGAAGUCAUUCAACAUGCAACGAAAAUUAGUAAAGCACAGAAUUAGGCAUACUGGAGAGAGACCAUACAGCUGUUCAGCAUGUGGGAAAUGUUUUGCAGGCUCAGGUGACCUGCGUAGGCACGUGAGGACUCACACAGGAGAAAAACCCUAUACCUGUGAAACCUGUAACAAGUGCUUCACCCGUUCUGCUGUUCUGCGGCGGCACAAGCAAAUGCAUUGUAAAGCCACUGAUGAGGGUUCAAACGCACUAGAUGAAUUUACUCAAGGAAUUGAAACAUCUGACCUUGACAAGUCUCAGAGUUCUGACUCUUUUGGCCAAGAAAUGUCUGUUACCUUGUUACCAGUGUCUGUUAAAUUCCCCAUUCGUCCAGCUGAAUUUGAUAGUUCUGUGGAUUCUUACUGUAAGCUGCGAUCAAUGAUUCAACACCAUGACUCCGCAAACCAGCAGAAACUGAAUGUGGAUUCUGCUAAACUCCCAAAGGCUCAGCCCCAGCAAACUCCGCCACCACCAUAUAGUUACACAGGUGUAGAUAUAUCUUCUGCAGAAGAACCCUUACAGUCUGAUAAUAUUCCCAUGAUUCGUUCCUCUAUGGUUAGCUUGGACAGUCAUUGUAGUGACCCACUAGGCAGUCGAACACUGUCUGCUGUGUACAAGAAUAAUGAAGGACCAUUCUUUUCUAGCAUGACCCUCUGGGGUUUAGCUAUGAAGACUUUGCAGAAUGAAAGUGAACUGGAACAAUGAGGGCUCAGGUGACUGCAUCAAAAUUUCUUAGAGGCAUUUCAUGCUAAAAUGAUUGCAAUUGCACUGCAGCAGUGAGAGGCCAGAGCUAGUUUUUAAGCCAGCUGGCUUGGAUACUGGUAGAAAUCAUACACAUGCCCAAAACCCUGCGUUGGCUGCCUUUAUGCUGCUUCUCAGCGCAGCUUGGGGAACCUUUGUUCUGUCACUGCACUGUGUAGCACAUGUGUUGCCAUGAUUUACUAAAAUUAGCUCUUUGAUUAAAUUUACCAUUUGACUUGGUAUUUUUCACCUGAUAAUGGAGGAAAGGAUAGCCCAAUGCCUGAUUUCACGAUACGGGUGCAAUUGCAAGCAUGGUCAUCAGAGUUGUGUAAGGGUGUAUAUAUGAAAAGAAGAAAGUACUUAACACAUCCCUAGUGAACCUGAGUUUCGGUAGUAGCUUUCUGACCGGUAGGAUCAUUGGUUUACAUGACUUGAGUAUUGUGAUAUUAAAUGUAAAUGUUAAAUCCCUGGCAAUAUUUGUGAUAGUGCAAAGUAACUGUAUAUCUAGAAAACUUUAUUUUUUUACAAUAAAAGCUUUUUUUUAGUAUUUUAUAAACUAUUUUGCACAGCAGAUUAUUUGUACAAGGAUCAUCUGACCAAGAUCAGGAAAUGCGAAUAAAGGGAAGUUGUUUUACAUUGUAUAUUAA